AUGGUUAUCGUUGCCGAUGAAUCAUUCUUGGCCUUCAACAAAAGAUACACUCAAUUCUUUGAAGGUGUACAAGACUUAUUCGAGGUCCGUGUCAAGAACGACUAUUCAUCUCCUCAAACGACAACACCAAGAACGAUGAUCUCUCCAACGUGGCCUCAACAACUGUUCCCGCUUGGAACGUUAUUGCAAAUGUCACACCUGAUCGUUACGCAACUGGGAUGUCCGUUGGAUCUAGCCAUGUUCUAUGUGUGCCCAACUCUCCAAAAAAGUGCUCUCAGCAGCUAUCUUCCUUACUUCCAAGCUGCUGGGGUCGUUCAAAUCAUCUCAGCCUCGCCACUUGGCAAUAUUUUACUGACCACCCAAGGCCCUCCGGAUUGGCAGCCAGCUCCCAAAGCUCUCUGCCAAGUGAUCAAGGAGGUCGCCAAAUCUAUUCAAACGACCCAUCAUCUGUCCAUAGAACACAUCUCCCUUCUCUACCGGGGGUUGAUAAGCGCACGCCAACCCCCAAGGUGCACGCCAAUCUGCACGCCACUUGCAGAUUGGCGUGCAGGCCCACACGCCAAAGCAGAUUGGCGUGCAGGCUCACACGCCAAAGAUGAUUGGCAUGGACAGAUGAUGGCCACUUUGAAUAGAUUUGGCGACCUCCUUGAUCACUUGGCAGAGAGCUUUGGGAGCUGGCUGCCAAUCCGGAGGGCCUUGGGUGAUCAGUAA